AUGGUCAUUUUUGUAUCACAUUGUCAAUCGUCCAAUCAACAAUCAACACCCCCCAUCACAACUCAGAGACGGCGAGAUGGAUGCUCCGAGUGUAGAAGAAAGAAGGUCAAGUGUGAUCUGCGCCGCCCAGUAUGCUCGCGGUGCACUCGGUUCCCCAAAGAAUGUCUCUAUGGCCUGAGUAUCAUUAGUCAGACCGAUGCCCAGAAGCCCACCCCUAAACGUCCUGUAGCGUUUCCAGAGAAACCAAUCCUACCGGCAGAGUUGAAUACCUCGGCCCUGGUUCAACAGCCAGUGUUGAACCUUUCACCGUUGUUGUCAUCGGAGCAGUCGAAGUUCUUCCUGCACAUUCUGAGCACCGAGACGGCCCCAUCGCUUUUCCCGGCUGCUCCCAAGUUCUUCAUUGACAGACUGAUCAGCUCCGCAAUCGAGACUCCGCAUCUCCUAUAUGCGCUUCUUGCCUCGGCCAGCAGCCACCACAGUCGUUUGAUAGGAGACACAACCGCUCAAUCACACGCGAUGUGCUUGAGAUUCACUAACUUGUCCAUAUCCGGUCUUCGUACUGCCAUGAACGAAACGACAGAUAUGCUCCGGGCUGAAACGGCUUUGACGGCAAUGACUCUGUGCACCAAUGACGUUUGUAAUGGCAAUAUGCACAUAUGGAGAUCUCAUCUGUCUGGAGUCAUGCAGCUACUGAAAGUCAUGCUAAACGCCCCGCGCAGAUCAUUGGACAGCAGUGAUCCUUUUGUCUUGUGCUUAGUGAAGUGGUUCGCGACGCUUGAUAUUUUGGCUUGUGUUUCCGGUGUCAAUACUGGCGAGACCCUGCAAGGUCAAAAUUCGCUUCUCGGCCAGCUCCCCAGCUCUAUACCAAGCCAUGUAGAUGAUAUCUGCGGCUAUUCCUUGGAAUUGAUACCCUUGCUGGCUCGGACUGCCCAAGUUGCAUGUCAGACCGGUAUGCACGCUGCUUCCGGUGUCUGGCGAUCAGACCUAUUAUCCCAAGAGCUUGUCAGCGAGGCCGAAAUUCUAGAAACCGCAAUCCUUGCCAUCGCUGAACGCACCGCUUCGCAGGCAACAAAGGACCACCAUGGCAAUGAGCUCCCCAGUGAGCUACGAUACACGCACCUUGCUUUUGUUCACUCUGCCCUCUUAUAUCUGCAUCGGCGUGUAUGGCUAUUACCGAAAGAACAUCCAACAGUCCGAAGUGAUAUUGCCAACAUCCUAGAUGCCGUGGAAAAUAUUCCGCCCUUUUCAUCUUCGAAUAUCCUCAUCCUAUGGCCAAUAUUCAACGCCGGAUGUGAAACAGAUGUGGUCAGCGAUCGUAACCAAAUUCAAGAUCGAAUGGCCUGCGUCCAAAGUCGUGGCCUGGGUAACUUCACUCGUGCACGAGGUUUAAUGAAGGAAUUCUGGGCGUCGAACACCUCUUUACCAUGGGAUGUAUAUUUUGCUCAGCAUGGCCGAGAGCUCGUCCUAUUCUAA